AUGUCCCUCUCCAUCAACCCCUCCACCCACAGUUUCAGCUCGCCCACACCACCCACCCUCACCAUGACUUUGUUGUCCCACGCCACCUCUCCAGUCACAAUUUUCAUCUGGAAUACAGCCCUCCACAUCUCCCGCGCGCUCACCAACCGCGGCAUCACCAUCACAGAUCAAGAGACCAAUGAUUCCAUCCCAACAACACAUUUUCUGGUCCAACGAGUCGCCAUCACCAGAAUCCGGGGUAGCUACGACGAAGAACUGUAUCUAGAGUUACCGCCAGGCGUGCCAGUACAGCUGCAAAGAGCUUUUGGCAGAAAUGUGGAUGUAAAGCCUUUGCCUAGGCAUAUUGUGCAGAAAGGGUGGGAGAUUGAUGAGCAGGGAAAAGAGAGAAAGAUACGGAGGUCGAUGAAGGCGACUGGGGUUGAUGGACUAGAAGCUGGGCAUAGCUAUCGUGUUGGAGUGAAUUCGGAGACGCUUGGGUGGUGUAGGUGGGCGUUUGCGACGAAAGACGAAGUGCUUGUUAACAAAGGGGAAGGAGGGAGUUGUCCUGAUGAUUUCGAUUGGGAGAAAGAGAGGAAGAUUGAGUGGAUGGUGGAAGAAGGUGCAGUGAGUGUGGAGGAUUGA